UUCUGCUCUCCUUUUGCCUUAGCGGCUGCUCACUGGUUGAAGGAAGGAGCGAAAAUGGUGUCGCUAAAGCUCCAGAAACGUCUAGCUGCAAGCGUGCUCAAGUGCGGGAAGGGGAAAGUUUGGCUCGAUCCUAAUGAAGUCAGUGAAAUCUCCAUGGCGAAUUCCCGCCAGAACAUCAGGAAACUUGUCAAGGAUGGUUUCAUCAUCAGGAAGCCGACAAAGAUCCACUCUCGCUCUCGGGCACGUCGCAUGAAGGAGGCCAAAAGAAAGGGGCGUCACUCAGGAUAUGGUAAAAGAAAAGGUACAAGGGAAGCUAGGCUCCCUACCAAGAUUCUGUGGAUGAGAAGGAUGCGUGUUCUCAGACGAUUGCUCAGAAAGUACAGAGAGGCAAAGAAGAUUGACAAGCACAUGUAUCAUGACAUGUACAUGAAAGUGAAGGGUAAUGUGUUCAAGAACAAGCGUGUUCUGAUGGAGAGUAUCCACAAAUCCAAGGCGGAGAAGGCCAGAGAGAAGACCCUAUCCGACCAGUUUGAGGCCAAGAGGGCAAAGAACAAGGCCAGCAGAGAGAGGAAGAUGGCCAGGCGGGAGGAACGCCUUGCUCAGGGUCCAGGAGGAGACAAGGCAGCAACUGCACCUCCAGCCCAAACAACAGAGCCUUCAAAGAAGUCCAAGAAGUGAAGAGUAUGUCUCAUGUACUAGAUUCCCCUAUUUGUGGUUUUACUAAUGUAAAAUUAGUUUUGCAUCAAUGUGUCCCGUGAAACUUUAGUUUUUUUUUUACAAAACACUUCUAACGUGAAAAGUGUUCCAAUUUCCUGAUAACAACGUCCCCCGUUGUGCCU